AUAUCUACUCUUCAACAAACAGAAGAAUUCAACUCUACAUCAAGACCAAUGUUUUCUUCCUAUCUCACCCUUCAAAUAUCUACUCUUCAAUAAAAUGUUCCUACACUGAAAUGUAUAUAUGACCAGCUAGUAAUGUAACAAACAUUACAACGUCGCAUUAAAACUAUUCUCCCUCCUUCUGAAGUUUCAGAGUUUCCCUCUUCCUCUGCAUUAUAUCUUCCAAAAUUCCCCUUUAUUACUCUGGAAUUAAUAGUCUAUCUAAUCAAUUUUUCUCACCAUGCCUGGAAUACUAGCAGAAGUCAUGUGGCCUAUAUUAGUGGCUAACAAGAUCCUCAACAAGCAAAUUGGAAGCAGAAAUUUCAUAGCAGAUUAUCCAAGUUAUGCAGAACCCUUAUUGGGUAUUACAAGCCAUGAUCACUCAUCUCUGAGCACUAAAAGCAUUCUUAAUAAUCACCAGGAUUCACAGAAGUACAAGGUUUUUGUCAGCACAUGGAAUGUGGGUGGAAUUUCACCAGACGAAGGAUUGAAUAUGGAUGAUUUGUUGGAGACCUGCAACAAGCCUUUUGACAUCUAUGUCCUUGGGUUUCAAGAGAUUGUGCCUCUAAAAGCAAAAAGUGUGUUGGGGUCUGAAAACAGCAAGAUCUCUACAAAAUGGAAUUCUCUAAUCAGAGAAGCUCUGAACAAGAGAACACAUGAUAAUAAGGAAGGAAAUCCAGCUCAGCAGUGUAGAGCCCCACAAGAUUUUAAUUGUAUCAUUAGCAAGCAAAUGGUUGGUUUAUUGGUAUCUGUGUGGGUACGGAAAGACCUUCAUCCAUUCAUUCAGCAUCCAUGUGUCUCAUGUGUUGGCUGUGGCAUCAUGGGCUUCCUAGGCAACAAGGGUUCUGUAUCUGUGAGAUUUCUGUUACAUGGAACAAGCUUCUGUUUUGUGUGCAGUCAUCUGGCUUCUGGGGGAAGAGAGGGGGAUGAGAAGUAUAGAAACUCUAAUGUUGGUGAAAUAUUUUCCAGGACAAGUUUUCCUAGAGGUCCUCUGCUAGAUUUACCUGCAAAGAUCCUUGAUCAUGAUCAUGUGAUAUUGCUUGGAGAUUUAAAUUACAGAAUUUCUCUGCCAGAAGAAACGACACGCUUACUUAUUGAAAGAAGAGACUGGGAUUCCCUAUUAGAAAAUGAUCAGCUAAAAAUGGAGCUAGUGAGUGGAAACCUGUUAAGAGGAUGGCAUGAAGGAGCAAUUGAAUUCGCCCCAACCUACAAGUAUUGUCUUAAUUCAGACCUGUACUAUGGAUGUUGUUACCAUGCAAAGAUGAAAGCAGCAAAGAAGAGAUCACCAGCAUGGUGUGACAGGAUUAUAUGGUUUGGCAAGGGUUUAAAGCAAAUUGAGUAUGCUAGAAGUGAAUCAAAACUGUCAGACCACAGGCCUGUGAAGGCAUUGUUUACAGCACAAGUCAGGGAUUCAGCAGCAAUAAAAAACUUUCCAAGCUUGUUUCUAUCAGAAAGAUUUCAAAAAAUUAAAACUCAUCACUUUCAAGUUUCCCCCACUCAUGAUGAGUUUGUAUGCCAAAAACAAGCAAGUUUCCACCGGUAAUAAAUCAUUGGUGGCCUAUAAAAAAAAAUCAUUGGUGUUCUUUUGUAAAUACACAUGGUUAGUUUUACAACUUAUAAGACUAUACAAGUUAAAGAGGAAAUUCAGAAGGGACGUGAGAAACAUGUGGCCAAUGACAGAGGUUAAGUUUUUUUUUUUUGGCUGAUAAGAAUACAGUGAAGUUGGUUGUGGAUUGUGGCUGUACAUCAAUAAACUAUAAUUGCCAAGUAA